AUGGCCGAUCCUGUCAUUGGUGCUACUGUUCAGAUUGUGCUUGAGAAACUGCUUUCUCUCACUGUUGAGGAGGUCAGAAGUUUAAGGAACUGCGAGAAAAAUCUCAGAAUGCUAACAAAUUAUGUAUCCAUCAUCCAAGCUUUCAUUCAUGAUGCUGAAAGACGACAAGUCAACGAUAAGGCUGUGGAAGAAUGGCUCAAGAUGCUUGAGAGAGUUGCUGAAGAUGCUGAAAAUGUGUUUGAUCAAUUCAGAUAUGAAUCUCUAAAAGCACAAGUGAUGAACAACCGAACCAAUCUAAUGGAAAAGGUCAGCAACUUCUGUUCUCAUACUGCUUUCAAGUACAAAAUGUCUCGAAAAAUAAAAAGCAUCAAUGAAGACCUGAGGGAUAUCAAUCAGUUAGCCAACAACCUCGGUCUCCAAUCACUGAUGGUUCCUUCUCGGCAAAUGCUACCAAUUCGAGAAACAGAUUCCAUAGUAGUUGCUUCCGAUGUUGUUGGUAGAGACAAAGAUGUUGCUGAAAUAAAGGAGAAGAUUUUGAACAUGAGAAAGGAAGCUGUUCUGUGCACCAUUCCCAUAGUGGGUAUGGGGGGUUUAGGGAAAACUACUCUGGCUAAGAGAAUUUUCAAUGACCAACACAUCAAGCAGCAGUUCGAAAAGAGAGUUUGGUUGUGCCUACCUGAAAUGGUAGAAACUAAGAGCUUUCUUGAACUGAUCCUCGAAUCAUUGACAAAGAGGAAAGUUGAGGUCCAAAGCAGAGAUAUAAUAGUCAAGACGCUACAAGAUGCAUUGGGAGAAAAAAACUGUCAUUGUUGGUCCAUUUUCAAACAAAGAGUGUUUGUUGAUGGGGAAGUUCCGGAGGAACUACUGAGCAUGGAAAACAAGAUAGUUGAAAUGUGUCAAGGUCUACCGUUGGCUGCAAGUGUGUUGGGAGGCCUCUUAUUCAACAAGGAUAAACAUGACUGGAAGGCAAUUCUUGAUGGCAACCCCCUUGUUGCAGGGGAAGAUGAUCUUCAGGAAAAUAGCAUAAAGAAGAUCCUAAAACUAAGUUAUGAUUAUCUACCAUCUCCACAUCUGAAGAAAUGUUUUGGUUACUUUGCAAUGUUUCCAAAAGAUUUUGAGUUUGAAAAGGACCAACUAAUCCAACUCUGGAUGGCAGAAGGGUUUCUUUGUCCAUGUCAAGAGACCACUGUGAUGGAAGACGUCGGGAGCAAGUUUUUCCAACUCUUGUUGCAAUAUUCUUUGCUGCAAGAUGUUAAGCUAGAUGAGCUCAACAAUAUAACACAUUGUAAGAUGCAUGAUCUUGUGCAUGAUUUGGCUGGAGACAUUUUAAAGUCUAAACUAUUUGAUCAAAAGAGUGUUGGCUGGAGAUACUUUGGAUGGGACUCACCAACUGAUCAAAUAGAUAAGAUAAACGAGCCAGGACGUUUGAGCACAUUGUUCUGGAAAAGAAAUAUAUCUAAAGAUAUGCUAUUGAGCUUUCAGUUCUUGAGAGUUUUAAAUUUGUCCAGGUCAGGCAUCGAGGAGUUGUCUGCCUCGAUCGGCAAGCUAAUAUACUUGAGAUAUCUUGAUGUCUCGGACACUAAGAUCAAAGCCUUGCCCAACUCCAUUUGCAAGCUCUACAAUUUGCAAACACUUAGAGUCAAUGACUGUUAUUUUCUCAGGGAGCUUCCAGAAGAAAUGGCAAAUAUGAUAAGUUUGAGACACAUAUAUUGCUACCAUCGUUACGGAUCAGAUAUGCAGACGCCACUAAAUAUGGGGCAAUUGACUAGUCUUCAGACGCUACGAUUUUUCUACGUAGGUUCAGAGAAAGGUCGUCGGAUAGAAGAAUUAGGUCGUUUGAAAAACCUUAGAGAAGGCUGUGAGAUCAAUGAUGAGCAUGUGCUGGAUGGUCUUCAACCGCAUCCUAACUUGAAAACCUUAGAAGUGUGGAACUAUUUGGGGACUAAAUUUCCUUCAUGGUUCAGUGAAGAAUUGAUACCAAAUUUGGUCAAGUUGAUAUUAAGUGGUUGCGAAAGGUGUAAAGAAAUUCCAUCUCUUGGUCAACUGAAGUUCCUUCGGCAUCUUGAGCUGAUAGGAUUCCUUGAAUUGGAAUGCAUCGGACCUACAUUUUAUGGUAUUGAGAUUAAUGAUAAUGGAUCAAGCAGUAAUAAUGGCAAAAUUCAAGUGUUCCAAUCAUUGAAAACUAGUAAUGGAGGAUAUGCAUAG